AGUCUUCUUCCUUUGCUCAACCCCUUUCUCCUUUGGCUUUCUCGGCAGCCAAACAAAGCGACUACCAUGAAAGCAAAGGCAAAGAAAGCUUUAGGGAAGAACUUGAAGAAGAAGCUAGCUCUAGCUUCUUCUUCUCCAGCUCAAUUAUCCAAUGAAAAAUCCACAACUACUGCUACAGCUGCUGAUUUCCUGCCGUUGGAAGGUGGGCGUAAAUUAAGUGCAAAACAAAAAGGGGAGAAUAGUAAUAAUAAAAAUAAAGCAACAGUGCUGUAUAUGGGUAGGAUUCCUCAUGGUUUCUAUGAGAAAGAAAUGCAAGAUUACUUUUCCCAGUUUGGUAAUAUCAAGAGAUUGAGAAUUGCUAGGAAUAAAAAGACUGGAAAGUCAAAGCAUUAUGGAUUCAUCGAAUUUGAAGAUCCUGAGGUGGCAGAAGUUGUUGCAGAUUGUAUGCAUAACUACCUGUUGUUUGAGCAUCUCUUGCAAGUCCAUCUUAUCCCUCCAGAACAUGUUCAUCCAAAAUUAUGGAGAGGUUUCGAUUAUCGGUACACUCCAUUUGACUGGGUCCAAGUUGAACAAAAACGGCUGAACAAGGAUAGAACACUUGAGGAGCACAAGAAAUUGGUGGAAAAGAUAAUGAAGCGAGAUAAAAAGCGGCAAAAAAAGAUAGAUGCAGCGGGUUUGGAUUAUGAGUGCCCUGAAAUGGUGGGUGACGUCAUGCCUGCUCCAAAGAGGAUCAAGUUUGAUGAAGAUUAGUUUUGCAAAUGCUUAUCCUGACAAUGUUGCUAUGGUAAUUUUGUUAACAAAUGCUAUUGUCCUUGUAAUGUGAAUCAAGAGAUGUUUACUUUCUCUUUACUCCUUUCUCGGGUCGUCGAUAGGAACGGAAUGAAGUAUCAUGAAUCUGUAGCAGGAAUUCAAUUAACCAAUGUAUUGCUAUAGAUCUUUUGUAUUUAAAAAUCAUCAGUAUGAACUCAAAUUGAUGAAAAUUUUGUUUGGCCUCAA